AUGCUUCGCUGGUACCAGUCCAAGUUGGCUAAGAAGCCAAUCCUCACCGCAAGCAUCACCAGUGCAAUCCUUUUCGGCAGCGGUGAUGUCCUAGCACAACAAGCGGUUGACCGCCGCGGUCUCGAGAAGCACGACUUUAGCCGAACCGGGCGCAUGGCCCUCUACGGUGGAGCCGUCUUCGGUCCCGUGGCCACCACCUGGUUCGGCAUCCUCCAGCGCCAUGUCGUCCUCAAGAGCGCAACCACCACCACCAUUGCGCGUGUCGCAGCUGAUCAGAUUUGCUUUGCCCCGGUUCAGCUCACUUGUUUCUUGUCCUCAAUGGCUAUCAUGGAAGGCAGUGACCCCGUGGAGAAGUGGCGCAGUGCCUUUGCUCCUGCCUACAAGGCCAAUCUGAUGGUGUGGCCCUUUGUGCAGGGAGCCAACUUUGCCCUUGUGCCUCCAGAGCUGCGUGUUCUGGUGGUCAACGUGGUCAGCUUAGGUUGGAACUGCCUGCUGAGCAUUAUGAACAGCGGUGAUGAUAACUAG